AUUUUCGCCGCCAGGGUUGUCAAUGUCACAAGAAAAAAAACGUGUCAACGUUGUAAACAAAAUAAAUAUUAUAAAUGUUAUAAAUCUAUAUCAUAAUUAUAGAAAAGAAUAAUUAAAAUAACUUCCAAAAUGAGUAAAAAGGAAAUUAACAACGAGAUCGUUUCACUGAGGCAUUUAGUUCGAAAAUCACGAGUUCGAGUGAUACACAAUUUAACGAGGGAAAUAAAGAUUUUGCGCGAAAAACGUGGCGAUGAGAAGAAAGUGUCAAAAUUUCAAAGACGAGCCGAGAGACUUCAGAACGAAGUGAUGGCGGCGAAAAAAAUUCGUGACGAUGAGGUGACAAAAUUUGCUAUUAAUAAUGAAAGAACAUUGUAUUCAAUAUUAAAUGAACCAUCGUCUGAUGAGACACUUCGUGUCACUGCGAAAUUUGCCGAUUUUCCCCAAUUAAAGGAACGAGUAAUUGCAUUGAAAGAGAAAUUUCCCGAUUACGAACAAUAUUUGGGAGUUGGCAGGAAAAAAUUAAUGAAACAGGAAAUGAAAGCUGUGAAAAAGGAAUUGAAGAAUAAGGAGAAGGAGAAGAAAAAUGCCGAAGCGCAGAAUGAGGAAAUUGGGAAAAAUAAGAAAAAGAAGAAGAAAAAGGAAGAAAAUUCUGAUGAUGAGGAUAAAAAAUCAGAAGAUGAGGACGAGGAAGAAGAAGAAGAAGAUGAAGAAGAAGAGGAAGUUGAAAAUGAUACAAAAAUUUUAGAAAAAAAUAAAAGUGAUGAAGAAGAAGAGGAAAAUUCCGAAUUGUCGGAAAAAAGUGAUGACGACAGCGACGACGACGAAGAAGAAAAUUCAGAAGAAUCAGAAGAAAGCGAGAGGGAAAAAAUUUAUGACAACGACGAAGAAGAAUCCAAAAAUACAGACGACGAAGAAAUCGAAGACGACGAGAACCCAGAAAAUUCGAAAGCAACGAAAGAGAAAAAAUCCUUAAAAACAAAAAAAUCCUCAAAUUCGAAAAUUAAAAAUUUUAAACCAUCGCAAAAAAAUUUACAAGAUUCCCCAAAAAAUGAAAAAAUCAAAAACGAAAAAACCUCGACAAAAAAAUCCCUCUCCAGACAAAAUAAAAGAAAAUCGUCAAAAUUCGACGACAAUGAUAAUGAUGAGAAAUUAAAAAAGAAAAAAUCCAAAACGGAAAUAAAACAAGAAAGGGAAAUUCAUCCAGUGAGUGACGAGGCGACUGUAAAAAAAUUCUCCCAAUUAUUAACUGAACAAGAAAAUAAAUCGGAGACAACAAAAAAACCAAAAGUCGAUAAAAAAUUCCAACAACUCGGUUUGAAAAAAGAAGAGGACAGUUUUUUUACAACGGCAAAUGGCGAUAGUAAUUAUAUGAGUAUCGUUAUUCCAAAGAAACAAAUUUCCAAUUCAAAUCAAGAACAUUACGAGCACAAUGCUGAUGAUAGAGGAAAUGUAGGGAAAAAAUUUUCACGCAGUAAAAAUGAAAGUUUCUUUUCAAAUCUUGAUAAUAAUAAAUCUCACAAUUCUCAUGGAAAAUCGAAACAAAAAUCACAGGAUAGAAACUAUCAGAAAAAAUCACAGGAUCAAAAUUAUCAAUCAAAAUCAACAGAUGGAAAUAAUCAGAGAAAUUCACAAAAUAAUUUUGAACCAAAUAGAAAACAACGAAGGGAUUUGGAAUUAAGACAGAAUUCUGCGAAAAUUGAGAAAAAAUCUGAAGAACAUUUACAUCCAUCGUGGGUGGCGAAAAAGAAACAGCAGGACGCUUUGAAAAUUGGAUUUCAAGGUAAAAAAAUUGUCUUCGGUGACGAAUAAUAAUAAUAAUAAUAAUAAUUGAGAACAUUUUCUACUGUGUCAUUUUCUUGUUAUUGUUAUAUUUGUUAAUUUUUAUAUUCAAAAAAAUAUUUCUCGAAAAAAGAAAACUGUAAAAUAUUUUCAAAAUAAAUAGAAAUAUUUAAAGAUA